AUGGAUGUCAAAAACGUCAGCGAGUGGUGUAGGGAGUUUGCAGCUGGUCGAACUGAAGUUCACGACGAAGAAAGAAGCGGCAGACCGUCAAUUUCCAACGAGAUAGCCGCAAAGGUUGAGCAAACCAUGCGUGAAGAUCGGCGGAUCACUCUGGAUGAUCUCUGCAUUUUGGUUCCCGAGAUUUCCCGAAGCACUAUUCACAGGAUUUUGACGGAAAAGUUGCAAUAUCGGAAGGUGUGCGCAAGAUGGGUCCCGCGAAUGCUCACGGAAGACCACCAACGGCAACGAGUUGAAUCUUCCCGCGAAUUUGUUCGCCGCUAUGCAGACGAAAAGGACAACGUUUUGGAUUCGAUUGUCACGGGCGACGAAACCUGGGCGUUCCACUACAUACCUGCGACCAAACAACAAUUACGUCAGUGGCGGCGUUCCUCUUCUCCCAAGCCGCGAAAAUUCAAACAAUCACCGUCUGCCGGUAAAGUCAUGGUAACUGUGUUUUGGGAUGAAAAGGGGGUAUUGUUGGUGGACUUCAUGCCUUCUGGGACCACAAUAAACGCUGACAGGUAUUGUGAGACACUGAAAAAACUCAGACGGGCGAUUCAGAACCGGAGAAGAGGAAUGUUGAGCAAGGGCGUAAGCAUUCUCUACGAUAAUGCUCGUCCCCACGUCGCCUGUACGACUGUCGCUCUCCUGCAACAGUUUGGAUGGGAGAUGAUCACCCAUCCACCGUAUAGUCCGGACUUGGCACCCAGUGACUACCACCUGUUUCCCAAGCUGAAAGAACAUUUGACCGGAACGCGCUUCAGCAACGACGACGAGGUGAAAGAUGAGGUUCAACGCUUCCUCAACGGCAUGGCGGCGAGCUGGUAUGACAUGGGCAUACAAAAACUGCUGCAGCGCCUACAAAAAUGCAUCGACAGAAAUGGCGAUUAUGUCGAAAAAUAG